ACUGUAUAUAUCGUACGGAACAGGGCAGAAUAUAAAAUUAGCAGGUAGCUAGGGUGGUAACUUGUGAGGUCAGAGAGGUCUUGUAAAUUUUGUGUAUAAAAUUGGAAUGCGUAUAUAUAUAAAAAAAAAAAGGAAAUAAAAGAGAAAAGAAGGAAAACAGGCAGGUUGAUAGAAUAAUAUUAGAGCAUAAAAAGCUGGGGACCUACGUAAGAAUUUUGUGUUAACCACUAAGCUAGACAACAGAGAACACAAAGCUCUCCCUCUAUUUUUUAUCCCAAAAAAAAAAAAUGAUCACUCUCUUUGUUUACACGUACAGACGUCCUCUCAUAGUAUAUACCAAAGGCAUCUGGCUAUAUAUACACAUAUCUUUGGACCUAGCUUUAUUCUUAAGUUCAGGCACAAAACCAAAGCUAAUCCAUUGUCGCUACUCAUACUCCAAACCCAGCUAUAUUCCCCUCUCUCUCUCUCUCUCUCUCUACCAAUAUUCAUAUCUCUCUCGUCUCUGAGACCAACGGCUUCUGCUUUUGAACAGCUAACCAUGUCUAGGAUACAUCCGGCUGCAGUAAAUAGAUACCACGAUCAUGAUCAAGAUCAUCCGCUGGAGCUUCAAGAUGUUCAUGAUCAUCGUGUGCCUCCCUCUGCGCUCACUGUGUGGAAGAGAUCCAGCAUGAGUUUCCAGGGGACUGACGGAUUUACAGUGUUCGAUGACCGCGGAAUAUUGACUUUCCGAGUGGACAACUAUUCGAGAAAAAACUGUUGUGUUAGAGGAGGGCUUGUCCUAAUGGACGGAGUCGGAAGGGCCUUGCUGACCCUCAAACCCCAGAUGUUGAGCAUGCAAGACCAAUGGAAUGCAUAUAGAGGAGAAGAUGGGUGUGGAAAGAGCCCAAAAUCUAGCAGGGUGUUUGCCAUGAGAAGUGGGUCUGGCCUUUUUGGCAGCGGCAACAAGAGUGAAGCAGCUGAGGUGUUCAUGGGAGCUCAUGCAACUGGCACCCCAGAUUUCAGAAUUGAGGGUUGUUUUGGGAGACGAAAUUGCAAAAUCAGAAGCCGCAGUGGACAAUUGGUGGCCAGUGUAGCUAGAAAGAGAGUAAACAAUACAGUCUUGCUUGACAAUGAUGUGUUCAACUUGGUGGUUCAACCAGGCUUCGACCUUGACCUUAUUAUGGGUUUUGUAAUUAUCUUGGAUCGGAUUUGUGGGAAGCCAUUUACCCCAAUUUUGUGUUCUUAAUUGUCUUGUGAUGUACAGAAAUAAACCCAUGUAAACAAGAUACCAUCUUUUUACCCCACUGAAUCUCAUAUUUUGUACAAGAGCCAUCACUCCAAUUUUCUUGUAUUUAAAUAAAAGUGGAAGUGUUUCAAUGCCU